AUGUCGAGGAUCGAAGAAAGAGACAAUGUUCCAUUGACGAGCUUUAAUAGGAAGCAGAAGAAGCGGAAGAACGAUGGUGAGGAAAUUCUAGUAUGGAAACCGGAAGACUGUGCACAACCGAUUGGAGAAAUGAUUAGGGUUUCGGGAGAGGGAGAAGAGAUCAAAUACCAUUACGAGAAAUUCAAGUUUGAUGGCAAACAAUAUGGACUGGAAGAUUCGGUGCUAAUAAUUCCAGAAGUACCAAACCGAAAGCUCUAUGCUGCUAUCAUUAAGGAUAUCUAUAAACAAGAAGAAUAUAUGUAUGUUGAAGUGCAGUGGUUUUAUCAUCUAGAAGAGGCAGAGAAAAAAGAUGGUGGAAAUUGGGAAUCGAAAGACUCCCGAAUCCUUUUCUACAGCUUCCAUCGUGAUGAAGUGUUUGCUGAAUCUGUGAGGCAGAAAUGUGAUGUACAUUUUGUGCCAGGUGAUAAGCAAAUUCCAAAGCCUAGACAACACCCUGGUUUUAUUGUGCAAAAUGUUUAUGAUUUUGUUAAUAAAAAGUUGUGGAAGCUAACUGAUCAAGACUUUGAAGAGAAGCAAAAACAUGAGAUUGAUCUUCUUGUGGCAAAAACAAUAUUGCGGUUGGGUGAUCUUCCUGACUUACCAAGUUUCAUAUCAUAA